AUGAGCUACAACAACAUUGACCCAAACGCAAACCCUCAAGCUAAGGCGCUUCUCAAGUUCAUCCAGUACCAAUUCGGCUGGCACUACCUGUCCGGCCAACAAGAUAUCACGAGCUUCAACUGGGUGAAAUCUCAGAUCGGCAAGACCCCUGCCAUCCUUGGCAAUGACUUCAUCAACUACUCCCCGUCCGCGGUGGCCAACGGCGCGACCGGGACCGACGUUGACACCGCGAUCCAGAACGAUAAAUCCGGGGCCAUCAACGCCUUUGUCUGGCACUGGAUCGCUCCCACCAACCUCGGUAAGGACGGGCAGCCCUGGUACUCAGGCUUCUAUACCAAGGCGACGUUCUUCAAUCUUGCUGGCGCGCUGAGUGAGGGCACCGGUGGCACCAACUAUAAGCUGCUUCUGCGCGAUAUUGACGCCAUAGCCAUACAGAUCAAGAAGCUGCAGGACGCCGGGGUGCCGAUCCUCUUCCGGCCGCUGCAUGAACCAGACGGGGCCUGGUUCUGGUGGGGCGCCCAGGGCUCCGGGUCCUUCAAGCAACUUUGGAAAAUUUUGUAUACUCGGUUGACGUCAUAUCAUGGACUGCACAACAUGGUGUGGGUGUGCAACACCGAUAAAUCGGACUGGUAUCCCGGAAACGAGUUCUGUGACGUGGCAACAGUGGACAUUUACGCUUCAGCGGGGGAUCACAACCCGCAGGCCGCCGCGUGGGCUACAAUGUACGAGUUGACAGGAGGGACUCGCGUACUUGCUCUUGCUGAGGUUGGGGUUAUUCCGGAUCCAGAGCUGCAAGCCAGCCAGGAUAUUCCUUGGGCUUACUGGAUGACUUGGUCGGGCGACUUCAUUUCUGGUGGGAGCCAGAACUCGAAGCAAUUUCUGUUUGAUGUAUAUUCUAAUACUCAUGUUGCAACUGUCGACGGGGUUACCCAGAUUGGGAAUUGGAAGAGCACAACUUAA